AUGCAGGAGCUGCAGGCCUUGAGCGAGCAUUGUGUCCAGCAGCUGGGAAUUGCCGUGCAGGUGGCAGAUGCAGCCGCGAUGUCUGGGGCAGCACAAAGGCAGCUGCUGAGGCAAGCCUGGUUCGUCAGCAGCGUGCAGGAGUUCGCGACCUGGAGCUCGACGGAACAUGCAGCUGGUGAUGAUAUGGAAGGGCAGAAGUACAAGUGGGACAUUCAUCAAACCAACAUGCCUUCUACAACCAUCAUGCUGCUUGGCAAGCUCUGGCAGAGGGCACCGGCAGCUCUGAAGCCAUCCAUCCUGCCCUGCUUUGGGCACGUCCUGCGGCGACAUUUCUUGCUGCUUCAGUCCAAGCAGAAUACAGUGGAUGGAAUGGACGGACCUUUGCAGAUUUUUCGACAGGCUUUGUGUGGUGAGGCAGACCAGAGAACCGCAGCCUGCGAUGCACUUGCAGCCAUCUUCUCCGCGCUCGAAGCUGCUGCUCAGGAAGCUCCAUCGAGUGAAGGAGACUGGGAAGCCGCAGUGGCCAGAGCCACAAAGACACCAGCUGCCAGUGAAGUCGUGCAGCGCUUGUCCACGCUUCAACCCGAGUUCUGCUUGGUUCUUCGAGAUUGUGCAACUGACUCAACAGCUACUGCUGCAACCGGCGCCCAAUGCGCCCUCCAGGCACUGAGUUCCAUGGCCCGCUUGGGAGUGCUCCAUCCGGCCUCGUUGGUGCCAGAGCUUCUGGCCAUCACCAUGUCCCAUCCAUCGCCGCGCCUGCGCGCUCUUGCUGGCAAGCUGUUCCUCAGAGUUUCCAAGUCCUCUCCACAGGUGCUCAUGCCGGUGGGUUCUGCCUUGCGCCAGGCAGCCAGCAACCACAGCACCACAGGUGCAAGUUUCGGAGCCGUGGCGCCACAUGGGCAAUGGUUCACCGCUGCCUGCCAGGCAUACUCUGAAGUCUUUGACUCCAAGAAGACGCGCAGAAGGUUCUUGCGCGUCGUGAUUGAUGAGCUUGUGGGCCUCACGGGAAUUUCGGGAGCUGAACAAGAGACAAAAGAGACAGACUUGUUGCCGGGCCUUUGGAAGUGUGAGCUGCUGAUGGGCUUGAUCGUACGCUUACCUGUGCAAACUGAGUCAGAGCUGGGAGACGUGCUCCGCACGAUCAACAGAUGCUUGACUUUGCGAGUGUUGCCGGUUCUGCAAGAUGCGCACAGCGCAGAGCACUUCGAGAGAGACCUGGAGUCCCGUCUGGACGAUCAUGCUGCCUACGAUCAGGCGACGCCCUGCUUCUAUGCGGGCGCCAUGCUCAUGAAUGCACUGUUCGACUACAUGUGUACUGCGGCAGGUGACACUGUCUCUGAGCGGGUUCUGGCCGGAGAAGCCCCAAGGCUGCGCAGGGAGGAAUGCCUGGAGGAUCGGCCGCUGCCAGUGUCCUUCUUCAAGCGUCAGCCUCCUGAGUUUGUGGGCCUCAUCCUGAGUCGGGUGGCAGCCGCAUCAUCACGUUCCGACCUCUUGGACUUCAUGGUACAAGAGAUUCCCAUGGACUGCAGAGCCUUCUGUGGUGGUCCAACGGGAGAGCGAAAGUCCAGGCGCGUGCCUGCCAAGGCUUCCAAGAUGUGCAGCCUUGUUGGGCUUGGGAUGCAGGCCUCAGAGGUUUCGCCUCCGGCGACCCUGAAUCAAGCGGCUGCCAUGGCAGGUGCGUAA